GGAGAGGGAGAGGAGACAGAACGCCCUGCCCGUUUCAGACCUCGGCGCGUGCACAUAUAUACCACCCCCUCCCGGUCUCCCAUGCGCUCUCGAUCACCAUCUUCUGCUUCAUCCAUCAUCCACUGCUACUCUGUCCGGGAAACGUUCAGACAGAGGUGGGCAUGGGGAGGGGACGAGCGCCGUGCUGCGCCAAGGUGGGGCUGAACAGGGGUUCGUGGACGCCGCAGGAGGACAUGCGGCUCAUCGCCUACAUCCAGAAGCACGGCCACGCCAACUGGCGAGCCCUCCCCAAGCAGGCCGGAUUGCUGCGGUGCGGCAAGAGCUGCCGCCUCCGGUGGAUCAACUACCUGCGCCCCGACCUGAAGCGCGGCAACUUCACCGCCGACGAGGAGGACACCAUCAUCAAGCUGCACGGCCUACUCGGGAACAAGUGGUCCAAGAUCGCGUCGUGCCUGCCCGGGAGGACGGACAACGAGAUCAAGAACGUGUGGAACACCCACCUGAAGAAGAGGGUGUCGCAGAGAGAGAAGCCAGGUGACACCAAGAAGAAGGGCAAGGCCGCGGACGCCAGCGACGACGCCGACGCGCAUUCCCCGUCGUCGUCGGCGUCCUCCUCGACGACGACGGCGGCCAAUAACAACAACAGCGGCGACACGGCCGGCGAGCAGUGCGGCACGAGCAAGGAGCCCGAGAACGUCGACGUGUCCUUCUUCGAGCAAGACAUCGACAUCUCGGACAUGCUGGUGGACGCGCCCACGGAGGCGCCGCUGGUCGCGGCGCCAAUGCCGCCGUCCCCGUGCUCGUCGUCCUCCCUGACGACGACGACGUGCGUCGGCGCCGUGUCGGACGAGCUGCUCGACCUGCCGGAGAUCGACAUCGAGCCGGAUAUAUGGAGCAUCAUCGACGGCUACGGCGGCGAUGAGCCCGGCGACGGCGAUGCAACAGUGCCAUGUACCGCCAGCCCGGGAGAGGAGGGAGCAGAGUGGUGGGUAGAGAAUUUGGAGAAGGAGCUCGGCCUGUGGGGGCCCAUGGACGAGUCCCUGGCCCAUCCGGACCCACCCGGACAGGUUUGUUACCCGGGCCCACUCACGGAAACAGAGGGGGACCCAGUCUCCACCUACUUCCAGUCCGGGCCCACCGCCUCUCCGCUCCAGGAGAUCGCAUCACCCGCCGUUCUCUCAUGAUUCCACCGAUGGAUCACGUCCGUCCGAUUUGGAGCAGAAGGCGGAGUUUAACCAAUAGUGAUCUGAUCCAACGGACGAGAUAGAUCGAUCAAGAUAGAUCGGCCACUGCACUAUCAUCUACAGCAAAUACGAAUCGAUCAACACAAUUUACCCGCUAUAUUUGACGCGACGACGAAGAGUGAUUAAUUUGUUUGGUGUUGCAGUAAAUGGCGAAGGUUUAGAUUAACUAGGAUGCACAUACAAAAAGGGUCAAGCCGUCAAACACAAGGCGAAAGUGUAGUAGAGACACAACACAAGUGUUUACUACCUUCUAGUGCUCUUUUUUUAACAUUUUUAACCCAAGAAAAUGUAGUUUUUGAUUGGGCAUGGGACGGCACUCCAUUGAAGAGCCAAUGAGAAGUGCUAUAUAUAUCACACACUCCUAUAUUGUAGCAUUUGUACUUAUAUUAUUGAGAAGUGCCAAUGAGUUUGCAAAUUCA